AUGGACGCUCCCGACAAUCUGUCUCCCACCCUGGACCCAACCCAGCUGGCCGCGGGACAGGCGCCUCCGACGCCACCCCAUGACGACGCCCUGGACGACAUCUACGGUUCCGCGCCUUCGUCGCCAAUUCUCUCUGCAUCUGCCCCGCUGCACCGGCGCCACGAGAUUCUUUCCGACCUGCCCUCUCGCCAGCGUGCCCUCGACACGGAUGCGUACCGCGAAGGCCUCGCAACCAGCAAGGGCCAGUAUGUGCAGGCCGGCUUCGACGAGGGCUACGCACUGGGAGCCAACCUGGGCUUGUACGUAGGCUACGUGCUCGGCGUGUUGCACGGCUUUGCCGCGGCGUGGAAGGGGCAUGACGAAAAAGCGCACCAAGAAGCCAAGAGCAUCUACGACACGGCCCGGCGAGAGCUGGCCAUCGAGCAGCUUCUCGGACGCCAAUGGGUGGACGACGAGGGGAUUUGGAAGUGGGGAGUCGUGGGCAGCGAGGAUGAACCUACGCUGAAAGAGGUCGCCGCCCAGCACCCUGUGACGAGAAGGUGGAUGGACAGAGUACGCGAGCUGGCCACGACCUGGGACGUCGACCUCGAGGCUGUGGAGAAGAUGCAUGCGUUGCAGGAAGAGCUUGCUUGA